AGCUAUAAGAGGCUCCGGCAGCUCUGUUGAUACUCACACUCUGACUCCUGAAACACUCCACAGCUGCCAACAGCGCUCCGUGGACACAGAGCAGAGCAGCGUCUCUGUUCGCGUUUCCAGAUCACAUUUUUUUUGCGUUUUGUCAAAAAAAACUUCUAUCAUGGCGGCGGUUGAAGCGGCGAUGCCCGCAGUGGCAUCGUUUCCAAGUGUUCAAGCCAUGGAAGGAAAACAGUUCGACAAUAUGUGCAAGGUGGAUGAGUGCGCACGCAGCAGUGCAACAGGUGGCGCAGACAAACCGCUCAUCGAGGUGGAGUUCAGCAUCGUUCAGUCUCCUGAUUUGCUCACCAAAGACGACGACGAGCUGGGCAGGUUCCUGGACCUCGAGUUCAUCUUGUCCAACACCAUCAACUCCAGCAGCAGCGGGAGUCUUUCUCCGCCGCAGCAGUGCGCCUACUCCCUACCGGAGUCUCCGGAGAGCUGCAGCGGUGCUUCUGUGCCAGACUGCAGCGAGUUCCCUCCUGCUGCUGCUGCUCACAUGGCGGCGCAGAGCUACCAUGGCGCGGUGAGCUUCACGGGCUCGAGCCCAGUGCGCAGUCUGGUGGCGGAGCUGCUGACGCCGGAGAUGAGCUACCCAGGGGAGAGUUCACCCGAGGGCGCAGGGAAGGCGAGAGACGCGCGGGAGUACACCGAGCUGCGAGCUCUGAACUCGGUCCCAGCUGCUCCUGCGCACCACCAAGUGUCUCCUCCUGGAUACAAAAUUAAAACCGAGCCUGUUGGCCAGUCUUGUAUGAUGGCUGCUGCUGGUGGUGGUGGUGGGGACUUUAUGGGACAGAUGUAUGACAGACACCAGAUGCGCUCCGUGCACCAAACCGCUUUUACGCACCACCAGGCUGCAGUUCCUGGAUUCACUGCGCACCCCAUGCAGCCCCACGCACCCCAGGCUCGCACAGACUGCCAUUUGGCACAAAUGAACCCGCAUCAUAACCCGCACAGCCAUCUCCAAAACCAGUACAUGAGCGCGCCGUACCAGCAGCAACAUCAGCAUUACGCGCACCAGAGUUUGGCACAGUUCCAAGGACAGUACAGCAUGCACAGAGAGCCUGUCCGCGUCCACCAGCAGCAUCACCCGGCCUCCAUGCAGGGGAUGAUGCUCACUCCUCCAUCGUCGCCAUCUUUGCUGGACUUUUACGCACAGGAUGAGGUGGGCAGCGUGAAGCAGAAGCGAGGACGCAGGUCGUGGGCCAGAAAACGCGCUGCGACGCACAGCUGCGAGUUCCCUGGUUGUGGGAAGACUUAUACUAAAUCAUCCCACCUCAAAGCUCACAUGAGGACACACACAGGUGAGAAACCCUACCACUGUAACUGGGAAGGCUGCGGCUGGAAGUUUGCGAGGUCAGAUGAGCUAACAAGACACUUCAGGAAACACACCGGACACAGGCCUUUCCAGUGCCACCUGUGUGAGCGUGCCUUUUCCCGCUCCGAUCACUUGGCCCUGCACAUGAAGAGGCACAUGUAAACAUUAAACUUCCAAAAAUCCAACAUGGGAUCAUGCCUGGAGCAGCCCAGAAGAAGCCGACCCCUCUGGCCUUUGGACAUGUUGUGCAUCUGGCCCAGAAUAAUGAAACAAAACACUUGUGCCUUCAGUUAAAACCACAUUUAUUCUUAUAGGAACCGUUUCCAAGUGCCUUUCCAUCAGAAACAAGGAAAUGAUUCUGUUUCUAUGUACAUAUGUGGAUAGAAGGAGUUAGGUUAAGUUAUAGUUUGUAUUUAAGAUAUUUCUGCACCCUGUCUCUGAAAUAACUUAUUGAUUGUUGCCUUAAGUAGAUAUUUGUUUCCCAAAUAGGAAAACUCGCUGCGGGCAGGACCCUCAACUUUGUACAUAUGUAAAAUGUAUUUUUGUAAUGUUUACAUUAUAUCUUUGAUACUACUCAAAUCAGGUCAGGGUUUUUAUUCAUUCUAUUUUCUCAGUUUCUACUCUAAAAAAUAAGAUGUUUCUGAGUAUUUCAGUUUAUUUUUUCUCUGAAGGUUUUGCUAUAAAUUCAGGUACUAAAGCUCAUUUUUAGGAUCCCACACAAACUAAACUGUCACAUCACUAGAUCCAAAUACUAUUUACAGCCCAGUGUUUUUUACGGAUACAGAACAUGUAUUUUAUUAUGAAAGAUUUUUGUCUUUUUAAGAAUGAAGAAAGCCACUGCAACCAAUGGUUGAUCUGCUGUACUUGAAACAGAGUUGCCACUCAGAUGUAUAACUUUUUCAACAAUUUCUAUUGUUUUUAUGUGCGUAAGGGCUCCAAAAAUAAAAGUACUUUUACAAA